CCGCCGCCGCCGCCGGUGUCGGGUCGGGGCCGCCGCGGAGGCCGCGCCGCCCCGGCCGUGCCUCCGUCGCCGAUGUCCCCGCCGUCCCCCGCGGGGCCGGGGGCUGCCCCCCGCCUGCUGCUGGCCCUGCUGUGCCUGGCCCCCCCCGCUGCCGCCCCGCCGCCCCCCCCGGCACCCAGCGGCCUGCCGGGACCCCCGGGGACGGCGCCGGGACCCCCCGCGCCUCGCAGCGAAGCCCCCGUCCUCUCCCUCAACCUCGGCCUCAACUUCAAGAUCAAGGUGCGAAGCCAGGGCAACCCCCGCCCCGCCGCCCCCACUGCCCCCCCGGGACCCCCCCGCCCCGCGCCGCUGACCCCCGGCACCCCUGGGACCCCCGCCCCGCCACCGCCGUCGGCUUCGGGCUGGCCUGACCCCGGGGACGAGCCGGGCUCCGGGACCCCCCCGGAGGAAUCGGGGGGCUGGGGAGGACCCCCCAGCCGUGCCAUCCCAACCCCCCCGGCAUCCCCGGCCGGGGACCGGGACAAGGAGCUGGAGCUGGACAUCGCCAUCGACCUGACGGCGGGGCUGGACCCCGAAGCGGGGCCGGGGGGGGCCGUGCCCCCCACCAGCCUCCUGCGGGUCCCCCCCGGCCCCCACCGCCCCAUCCCGCUCAUCCCCGGCAUCAAGGCCGGCAUCUCGGAGUUGGCCAAGAAACUCGGCGCUGCCGGGUUCCUGGUGCCCACGGUGCCCCCCAGGCUCGGCCAUGAGGGGCCGGGGGGCAACGGGUCCCAGGAGCAGGAGCAGGCUGGCAGCGGCGCUGAGCCAGCCCACCCCCCCGGCCGCCAGCCCUCCCGGGGUGCCGCGCCCCCCCCUCCCGCCGCCGCCUCCGCCUGCACCCCGGGUUCCGCCUGUGGCUCGGGGGGACCGGACCCCGGGGGUCCCCCCGGCGCCCUCCUCUCCUGGCCCCCCCACUUCGUAGCCCUGCAGACCCCCUGGCCGGCGGCCGCCGCCACCUGGGGCCCGGCUUGGGACGCCCACGUCUACGGGGUCGGAUGCCUUUUCGCCUUACUGGGACUACUGGGACUGCUGGUGCUGGUGGGGGCCCCCCGGCGCCGCCCGGCCGCCGCCCGGCUGCGGGGGGGGCUCUUGGCGGCGGCGGGGGCCGCCCGCGCUUUCCCGCUCUUCUUCGACGCCUACGAGCGGCGCGGCCGCCUGCCCCCCGCCGCCGCUCGCCUCCUCUUCGAGCUGCCCUUCCCCUGCCUGGGCUGGGGGCUGGCGCUGGCCCUGCGCCCGCCGCGCCCCCCGCCCCGCUGCCGGACCCCCGCCGUGGCGGCGCUGGGGGUGCUGCACGCGGCCGGGGCGGUGGGCGCCGUCGGGGCGGUGGCGGCGUCGGGGCGGCUGCCGGGGCUGCUGCUGCUGCCGCGGGGGCUCUUCGCCGCCCUGGCGGCCGCCCUCGCCGUGUGGGCGCUGCCCCGCUGCGGGGGGGGGGUCCCGGGGGGGUCCCCGGGGCAAGGGCGGGGCGGGGGGGGGCGCGGCGGCGGCGCUGGGGACGGCGGCGGCGGGGGCCGUGCUGAGCGCGGGGCUGCAGGUUUUCGGGGCGCUGCAGGAGCUGGGGUGGGGGGGGCCGGCGCCCCCCGGCCCCUGGGCGUGGUGGGGGCUGCAGCUGGGCUGUCGCCUGGCCGAGGCCGCCAUGGGGCUGCCCCUCGCCGCGCUGGCGCUGGCGGAGACCCCCCCGCCCCGGCGCGCGGACCCCCCCGAGCCCCCCGACGGCUGCGCCCCCCCGGUCGCGGGGUCGGGCCGAGGCGUUGCCCCUCUGCGGGGUGUCCCCCGAACCCCCCGAGCCCGACGGGGACCCCACCGCCGGCUACCGGCCCCCCUCGCCCAUCGACCUGCGCCGCAGCAUCGACGAGGCCUUGGGAGGGCGGCCCGGCACCUUCCGGCCCGGCCCCGGCGCCCCCGCGAACGGCGCGGCCGCCGGGACGGGGCCGGGCACCACCGCCCGGCACCCCGGCUCUCGGCACCCCCGGCACCCCGGAGCCCGGCACCACCGGCACCCCGGCUCUCGGCACCCCCGGCACCCCGGAGCCCGGCACCACCGGCACCCCGGAGCCCGGCACCACCGGCACCCCGGAGCCCGGCACCACCGGCACCCCGGCUCUCGGCACCCCCGGCACCCCGGAGCCCGGCACCACCGGCACCCCGGCUCUCGGCACCCCCGGCACCCCGGAGCCCGGCACCACCGGCACCCCGGCUCUCGGCACCCCCGGCACCCCGGAGCCCGGCACCCCCGGCACCCCGGCUCUCGGCACCCCCGGCACCCCGGAGCCCGGCACCCCCGGCACCCCGGCUCUCGGCACCCCCGGCACCCCGGAGCCCGGCACCCCCGGCACCCCGGCUCUCGGCACCCCGGAGCCCGGCACCACCGGCACCCCGGCUCUCGGCACCCCCGGCACCCCGGAGCCCGGCACCCCCGGCACCCCGGCUCUCGGCACCCCCGGCACCCCCGGCACCCCGGCUCUCGCCACCGCGGGCCCCCCCCGGCCCCCGGCCCUGCAGCGUGCCGCCUCCUGUGGGGGGGGCUCCGUGGGGUCCCCGGGGGCGCGGGGCCGGCGGGGGGACCCCGGAGGCGGCAGCCCCUCUCCCCAGGGACUGUCCCGGGGGGGGCGGCCGGCGGUGGUGCCAGCCCCCGGUCCCCCCCGGCGGGGUCCCGACCCGGCAGCCCCCCCUCUGCGACCCUCCCGGAGCUGGGUGGGGGGGACACCCCGCUCCCCGCCAGCCCCCCGAGCCGAGGGGGGGCGGCCCGUGGGGAGGGUCCCCGAGCCCCCCGGGGACCCCAGCGCCGACCGCCGCAGCCUGGGCAGCGACACCAUAGACUUGUAG